CGGGUUUGUGGGAGGCGGGCUUCUUCCUUUCCGGCGUGGGCCUCCAUCAGCAGGUAGGCGAGGAUGGGCGCCUACAAGUACAUCCAGGAGCUAUGGAGGAAGAAGCAGUCGGACGUGAUGCGCUUCCUGCUCCGCGUGCGCUGCUGGCAGUACCGGCAGCUCUCGGCGCUGCACCGCGCGCCGCGGCCCACGCGGCCCGACAAGGCGCGGCGCCUCGGCUACAAGGCCAAGCAAGGUUACGUUAUCUACCGCGUCCGUGUUCGCCGUGGGGGCCGUAAGCGCCCGGUCCCCAAAGGUGCCACCUAUGGCAAACCUGUGCACCACGGCGUUAACCAGCUGAAGUUCGCCCGGAGUCUUCAGUCUGUGGCAGAGGAACGUGCUGGCCGUCACUGUGGAGCUCUGAGAGUCCUGAACUCCUACUGGGUGGGUGAAGACUCCACGUACAAGUUUUUCGAGGUGAUCCUCAUCGAUCCCUUCCACAAGGCCAUCAGGCGCAACCCCGACACGCAGUGGAUCACCAAGCCGGUGCACAAGCACCGCGAGAUGCGCGGCCUCACGUCGGCCGGCCGCAAGAGCCGCGGCCUGGGCAAGGGCCACAAGUUCCACCACACCAUCGGCGGCUCGCGCCGCGCGGCCUGGCGGCGCCGCAACACGCUGCAGCUGCACCGCUACCGCUGAGCCGCGCCGCUCUAACCCCCCAAUAAAGCCUCUGCGGGCUGCCCGCUUUAACGAGCGCCUCUGCUGCCUCUUUGCUGCCUUGGAGAAGCGUGCACUUCUCCAGGCCUUCAGCUGCGUCCGGGCCUUGAAAGGUGGUUAAAAACCAUGUUACUUGGUAGUGGGGGAAGGCUAGACUCCAAGCAGAGUUCUGUGAUGAUUUUCACUCUUAGUGAGGCUGAAAGUUUGAAUGGAGAAUUCAAUGGCUAGACCUCAUCCUCCUCCUGUUGCUAGGAGGAUACUUACUUUCCACCCGUGGGCRUCUCUGUCCUGUGCUUACACUGAAGGCCAGCUUUGAGCUUGUGCAAUGAGAUGUAAAUUGAAAGUGCUAGCUUACUUUUAUAGCUGAUUAAAUGAUAAUGACAGU